GUCAAAUUGCAAUGUGUUUAUUUAUUUUUCUUGCAGAUCACUAAAGAAAGAUUCUUAAAAUACUCUCGGAGGAAAGCAAUUUUAAACGGACAAAAUGAAUAUUCCCAUGCAACAGGCAGGCCCUAUGGGCAUGAAUCAAAUGGUUCAAGCAAACGCCGUUCAACUUCAAACUCCACAACACGUAAUGCAUCCUACGCAAACACCAAUUCAACAAACUCAAGAGAAAGUGGAUAAUAUAUCUAAAGUUAAAUCCUUGAUUGGCCCCCUUCGUGAUUCACUUUCAGUCGCAUUGAAAACAGCUGCUCAAACAUUGCAUCAGAACAGUUUAGUAGAUACAUCGAAAGGUGUCGAUCCGCCAGACCAUCGUUUCAAUAAAAAUAUGGAAGAAUUCUACUCCGUUUGCGAUCAAAUAGAAUUACAUUUAAGGACAUCCAUUGAAUGCCUAAGUCAAAAUUCGAGUUCCGUUAGAUAUAUGCCAGUAUCUGUAUUACCUAUUAGAACAGAGAAUAUUGGUGUUCAGGAAGCUUUGAAUUAUCCUCAAUAUUUAAUGACCGUUCGAACCCAAGUACAAUAUAUCCGAGAUAUUUAUAAUACCUUAUACAAUGCAGCUCGUGCCAUUUCAUCUAACGAUUAAUGGAAUACAAGUCUUUAUAAAAUAUUUGUAGUUUUAUUGAAAAUACCAACCGGUUAAGUCGCUUUAUACGAUUUCCUUGAUGAAAAUUCUGUCCUUUUCUUCUUGAUUUCAGAAUUUAUAGUUAACAAACGAUUAGCGUCAUUAAAGGGAGAGAGAAUAAAAUAUGAUUACUCCGUAUAGUA